UUUGUUUGCCUCUUAUUCUUAUUCUUUAAUUUCUUCUUGUUAUUCUUCUUCCUCCCUCGUUCUUCUUUCUUUUCCUUUGUAUUCUUUUCUUCUUCUCUCUUCCCUUUCGUCUCCAUGCUUUCUGAUUACUUCUCUUCGUCUGCUGCCAGAAAGACAGAAGUGUAUUUUUAAAUGUAUCAGCGCCUCAGUUUUUGCCUGUUUGAAAAGCCUUUAUCACAAGUUGCUGAGAUUUUCACGGACUGUCCUGUGAUUCCAGUGAUAGUUUUACAGCUCCUGCACCUUCAACAGAGAAACUCACCCGUGGAAACCCGGUUGAUCUCCGUGGCAUCGAAAAAUAGUCGUAAUUGGAGCCAGGAUUAAGUUGUGCCGAGGCGUGAACUACAGGCAGUCACGCACGUAACAUCCUGUCACCUAUCUGGAAACCGUAGGAAAAGUAUCUAAGAGUCACACAAACCGGCACAACCAGUUCUCCCGAGUGUCUCUCGUCCUGCCGUGAGUGGUUGCUGCUCGCUGAGUUGUCUCUCCUAGCUGGUAAAUUAAAGGGAGACCUCGACUCGCUGCUAAGAUACGAGAGUGAACACUUCAGCAGUCUGUAGAAGCUCAACACUCAAGACUCAACACUCUCUUCCCCUGCACACACACACACACACACACACACACACACACACACACGCACACACGCACACACACGGUGAGCCACGAUGAAGGCUUCACUGUCCUUACUCGCGAUGCUUCUUAAGACAUAUUUUCCUGCAGUCGGAGCUUCCUCCAGCCCCGCCCCGGACACGCGCUGCCCCGCCAGUAUUACCAUCUCGGGGGAUGAGGAAUGGGCGAACAUUACCACCGUGCAAAAUAAGUCGCACGACUGGGGCACCGUCUUCUACAUGAGCCCUGAUCCAGGCUUCAGGGGCGUCAUGCUCGUGGCGGCGGGCGAUGCCUGGCAGCACGACGCCUGGUUCACGCUGGACAACACUUGCUUCCCUCGGCACGCACAGUGGUGGAGGUUGGCGGCACGUGUAUGGAGAAUGAUGAACGAUGACACCAACAGUGAUAACUAUCUUGUGUUUAUAGUAAAGAUUGGUGAUUGUGCUCUUAAGUGCCGCAGAGGAGGCUUCCGCGAUCCCAUGAAUGUUAAUGUUGCUGCUCAGGGGCCCUCAAGGUGGAGAUUAGGUCACCCGGAGCCAUGCACUGUAGAAGGAAACACAACACAAAACCCCUCAUUGAUAAACUGCACCACCACCUUUACAACCACCACCACCACCACCACCACCCCUACAACCACCACCACCACCACCACCACCACCACCAUCGCCAUCAUAGUCGUGCCGGUGAUGAUUGGUGUUGCUGUUGUUGUUGUUCUGCUAGUGGUGGUCAUCAAGUGUUACCGGCAGCGAAGGGGAAAUCCAGAUGUAAGGAUGCGAUUCCAAGGUGUCCCGUCCGCCAGCGAGAGCGUGGUGGUCGAGAACAGCCUGUACGAGACCGUGGACAACACCCGCAGGACCGAGGUGGUCGAGAACAGCCUGUACGAGACCGUGGACAACAUCCGCAGGACCGAGGUGGUCGAGAACAGCCUGUACGAGACCGUGGACAACACCCGCGGGACCGAGGUGGUCGAGAACAGCCUGUACGAGACCUUGGACAACACCCGCAGGACCGAGGUGGUCGAGAACAGCCUGUACGAGACCUUGGACAACACCCGCGGGACCGAGGUGGUCGAGAACAGCCUGUACGAGACCGUGGACAACACCCGCAGGACCGAGGUGGUCGAGAACAGCCUGUACGAGACCUUGGACAACACCCGCAGGACCGAGGUGGUCGAGAACAGCCUGUACGAGACCGUGGACAACACCCGCAGGACCGAGGUGGUCGAGAACAGCCUGUACGAGACCUUGGACAACACCCGCGGGACCGAGGUGGUCGAGAACAGCCUGUACGAGACCUUGGACAACACCCGCAGGACCGAGGUGGUCGAGAACAGCCUGUACGAGACCGUGGACAACACCCGCAGGACCGAGGUGGUCGAGAACAGCCUGUACGAGACCGUGGACAACACCCGCAGGACCGAGGUGGUCGAGAACAGCCUGUACGAGCCCUUUGAAAACGUGAGGAAGCCGCGGUAAGGGAGAAGGGAAUGGAAGAGGGAGAUGAGGAGCAAGCGUGAGAACAUGGCAGCAAAAGCCUGUCGGUUCAUCACGAGGCUGCCUGCUUUAGCGACAGUGUUAAUCCGUUCGUCACCACUUGAGUGACCUGCGGCACAGACUAAACCACUUUUGUACGUACAUACGCGCGGGCACGUUAACUUCACCCGUGACGCAGCAAAGUGCGAUCCUGAAAGAAAAUUAUCGUUUUCGAGCAAACUACUCCUGCAGGAAGGCUGUCCCAGUGGCGGUCGGGUCUUCGAGAAAUAACUCCUGCCGAUAUCUGUAAGGUGGGCGAGACGACGCAUCCCCAGCGUAUGGCCCCAUUGAUUAGUGGAUUGGUGUCUAUACUGAAUCACUUCGCUUGCGGGAAGGGGAGCUGGAGGACGAAGAUGAAAAAGAAGAAGAGGAGGAGGAGGAGGAGGAGACUUAUGACGAGGUUCCCUGCUUUGUUCGUUAGACGGGGACUUGAGGGGACACGAAACAGUUUAUCACGUGUGUACGCGGCCAUGGGGACGUUGAGGCGCUGACGUGUGCUGAGAAUGAUGACGAGAAGAUGAACGAGAUGGAGACGAAGACGAAAAAGACGAAGACGAAGAAGACGAAAAA